AUGAAAUUCCAACGCAAUCGGACAGCUAAAACGGAAAAAUGCGACACAGCAUUAUAUUUUUGGAUAAUAUUGUUAAUAACUAUACCUUCCACUUCGUCGGCACAUAAUUGUAACGAUUACAUUUGUUACCAUCAUAAUUACCAUAAUUUCAAUGACUGCCAAUACCUGCUGAAUAGAGAGCCGCAACAUGGACAGUGGUCUACGUGGUCUGAUUGUUUUAACUUUGGAUCAGAUAGCGUUGUUCAGGAAAGAAUUCGGUCUGUCAUUUUCAACGAUAACACAUAUUGCUGGGAAUUCGAAGACUGUCACAAAUGUUACAAUGGAGGGAAUUGGAAUAAAACGGGAUGUUUGUGUCUAGUGAGAUAUAACCUGAUGCAUUGCGAAAAUCGUAUCAGCCGAUGCGAGGCAGUUCCAGCCGAUGUCGUCUUCGUCCUCGAUUCUUCUUUGAGCCAAACAGAGGAGCAGUUCAACAAACAACUGGACUUUGUGGCAAGAUUUGUCAAUGCAGUCAACGUCAGUGAUACAGAAUUUCAAUUUUCAGUCGUGACGUUUUCGACGAAUGCUGUUAUCGAACUUGAGUUCGACAGUUUGAGCAAAGAUGCCAUUAAAGCAAGUCUAUUUUGUGAACUUACUAUAAACCGUUUUUAUAAUUUGAUGAUAGAAAUGUAAUGAUUAUUCAAAUGCCUUUUUCAAAUCUGUUUAUUUUAUUAAACAACAUUGGUAAAAUAUAUUUAGGUAAACUUAUAGACGAUUUGGAAAGAAUAUAGCUCUUACAUGCGACACAAUGUUUGUGGAUAUUUUAAUCAAACCAUGUAAACCAAUAAUUCCAAUUUCUAAUGAACACAAAUAUUAUUCAAUAUUUAUUUUAAACAAAAGUGAAGAAUAUCUCAUUUCCACCAGGCGCAACGUUCACAGGAAAAGGUCUCGAAAUGGCCCUUUCUUUGCUCUCAACAAGGGGAUAUCGCCUACACGGUCUCACAAUUGUAAAAUUCGUAUUUGUACUAACGGAUGCAAUGUCGACGAACAUACAAGCGACUAAGGGAGCAGCUGGUCGAUUGCGAAGAGAGGCAACUGUUGUCGCAAUAGGUAUCGGCCGUGAGGUUUUGCAUUCCGAACUACAGACUAGUGCGUCUCCUUCCGACGCAAACAGUUUGUCCUACGUGUAUUCGGUAGAGAAUUUCGAUGCGCUCAAUGGGCUGAUAGGUCGCCUUAUAGACGCGACAUGUGAGAAAUGUGGAGUGAGCCAUAUGACAGACAUAUUUGUUAUCAUCGAUGACGUAUCUGAAUCAGCGAUGACCCAACAGGAGCUCAGUGCGGCUUUGAAUGGACUGACGUAUAUCGCACACUAUUUACCUGCCUAUGGGCAAGUGAACGGGCAAACGGUAAACAUUACAACAAUAGGUGACUUAGGAUAUAGACAUACUUCAAUUCAUAAUGCCACUGAUCUCGACUCGUUGCUUAUGUCGAUUCAAAGCAUUCGUCAGCAGCAAUCACUCUGCUAUAUAAAUGAGUGCGACAAGGCAUUGGCGAUAAAUAUCUCAUCGGGUAUGAUUCAAAUUAUACCCAUUUCAGAUCAAAACAGCGAUAACCGCAAUAAUUCGCGAAAGAUAUUAAUUGUGUUUUCGUCUGGCAGAUUCGUUGACAAGGCCCUGGUCAAGUUAGAACUACAUGACGAACUAGGCGAGUCUAAUAUCGACAUAUUUGCAAUCGGUCCUGGAUACGACACUGAUAUGGAAGGAUUGCAUGCGCUUGUCAAAGAACCGUACAAUGUCUUUAGCUUGCUGGAUAACAACUUGGAAACAUUUGAUGUCUUAAAGUCAAAACUGUUGUAUGUUGUAUGUUCAUAGUAGAAUAGGAAUCGUCUUCGUGUGCAUUACCUACAUCAAUUUAUACGUAUUUGUGAUGCGCACCUGUGUUUAUACUGACUUAUAUUUUAUUUCGUUGAACAUAUGCAGGAGUGUUGUAUGUUAUUAAAGGAUUAGCUUGAUUUUGUAUUAUUUACUGUUAUGAACUAUUUCUAUGCUACAAUAAGUGCAACUAUGUUUCUGUUUUGAUAUUUGUGCAGACUUCGUUUUUGCCCAAAUCAAACCUUAUGAAAGGUAAUCCCUAUAAUGAAAGUAUUUGCCUAGGUCUCAUUUAGGGGUGAAACAAGUACACAAUUACAAUUAGCAUAUUUCUCGCAAUAAUUCCCUUUUGUACGUAUUUUAAUUUUAUUUAAUGUUAAUACAUCGUUCCAUACACACGACUUGUACUGCAGUAUACUAGGAUUAUGAAGAAAUCGGACGUUUGUGCAUUGCUUUUU